CCUGGGUGACUGCAGAAUAUUUGAGAAGAGAUGUGGAAGGGGUUAUAUGCCCCAUCACCCCCAGCUUAAUUUUUAUACUCUGUGGCUCUGUAACCAUACACGAGAGACAUAUAAUGUCACCCAUCCAUAACUAUUAUCAUCCAACGCCACUAACGCUCAAAAGGCAAUCAAACUCCCCUCUCCUCUAUGUUCUUCUCUUCUCUUCUCUGUAGUUUUUAGUUGCAGAGCGGUGAAUCUGAGAAAACUCCCGGCAGCUCUCAAUCUUGAUGAGUUUUGACAGGAAUUGAUUUUUGCGGAUUCGAUUCUGCUGGCUUUUUGGAAUUCCGGCGUCCAUGAAUCACUGCGUUCCCAAUUUCGACAUGGAUGAGGACUUCAAUGAUCUUCCUCCCACCGCUUCUUCUUCUGGUUCGGCCAGACACAAUAGCAAAAAGUCUGCAAUGGCUGAAGAGGAUAUCAUGGAGCUUCUAUGGCAGAACGGUCAAGUUGUUAUGCAGACUCAAAAUCAGAGAUCUUUUCCGAAAUCGAACUUCGAUGCCGCAGCGGUUCGGGCGGAGCAGCCUGUGAUUCGCCCGCCGGGAGAGGGAACCGCGGCGGCGGCGGCGGACCACCAUGUGUUUUUGGAGGAGGACGAGAUGGCGUCUUGGCUUCACUAUCCUCUCCACGAACAGGCCUUUGACGGCCGCGAUCUCUACUCGGAUCUCCUUUAUCCGCCUGCAGCUUCGUGCGCUCCCGGGACCGCCGCCAUUCACGCGCGGGAAAUCCGCCCCGCGGCGGGAGAGGAGAUCCGUCAGCCGCCGAUCCAGAUGCGGGCGAAAUGCGCCGAGAUUCAAGACGCGCCGCCGCGCAUCCAGAACUUCGGCCACUUUUCGCGGCUGAGCAGGGGGAGGAUCGAACCCGGGCCGUCGAGUUCGAGCAAGGCGCCAAUCGAAUCUACGAUCGUGGACUCGUGCGAGACCCCGCAGUUUUCUCGCGCGAACGUGCGGCGCGGGAACGGGAGGGUCGCCGGGGCCACCGCACAGCCGUCGGCGGGCGUAAGGGAAGAAUCGGUGACGUGCGAGCAAACGGUGACGUCAUCUCCCGGCGGUUCGGAAGACAGCGGCAGCGCGGAGCCGUCACAAAAUCCGGAGCUGGUUUCCUGGAAGCGCAAACAAAGAGAUGUGGAUGAGAUGGAGGGCCACAGUGAGGACAUGGACUUAGAGUCGCUUGAUACAAAGAAGGAAGGCCGUAGUGGUUGUGCUUCAACAAAGCGAUCUCGGGCUGCGCAGGUCCACAAUCUCUCAGAAAGGAGGCGUCGAGAUCGGAUCAAUGAAAAGAUGAAGGCCUUGCAGGAACUCAUACCCCGUUGCACCAAGUCAGACAAAGCUUCAAUGUUGGAUGAUGCAAUUGAAUACCUGAAAUCAUUACAAUUGCAAGUGCAGAUGAUGACUAUGGGAUGUGGCAUGGUCCCUAUGAUGUACAAUGCAAGUAUGCAGCAGUUUAUGCAAACCGGGACAAUGGGUAUGAACAUGAUGGGGAUGUGCGGCAUGAAUCGCCCUCCUAUGGUUCCUCCACCAUAUCCACCACCACCACCACCACUCAUACCUUCAAGUUCAUCAAUGCCAUCACCAAAUCCAGCUGCAGCAGCACAGAUGAACCCCACAAGGUUUCCCAUCUCACCACCAUUCCCAUUUCCUGUACCUGAUCCAUCUUCUAGGCUUCAUGCGCCGAACCAAUCAGGCUCUGUCCUAACCCCACUUGUCUCCCGCAUUCCUAACCAGCAACAAAUACCAAAUUUUGCAGAUCCAUAUAAACAACUUCUUGGCUUUCACCAGCCACAGGUCACUUUGCCACUGAAUCAGACAGUGGAGCAUCCUAUUAACAACAAGCCAAGUAGCAUCAAAGAUGUUGGGAAUCAUCAAUCUUAACUUGUUGCCGAUUUGUGAGAAGAUCAUUUAUGGGAAUCUCAUCCAACCAAAUUUUGUAGAGUAAGAGAGGCAAUAUAAUAAUUGUGAAUGCAGCCUAUAUUUGGUGGCCAACGGCUAACAUAGUCGGGCGGUCUUCCCUUCCACUGUGACUCGAACCUAAGUGAACUUCUUCGUAAAUCUUGAGGUGUGAGCUUCUACGACUAAGGCUAAGGGAGAGGUUCUGUUCAUUAUAUUCAUGGUGGGUUUCAAUACAAUCUACGACUCAUGGUGAUAGAGAAGUUCAAGUUGCAAUUGUUCAUUCAUUGUGGAUUUUAAUACAAUCUUUACCGUACCAUCUUUGAUGUUUUGUGUAUAUUAGCAUGAUUUUAGUUACCUUAUCAUAGAAAUUCUUUUCUUUACAAAUAAAGUACAUGUACUGUUAUGGAUAAUAGAGUAUGAUAUUUAUU